CUGAUAUCAACUAAGUUAGAUGAAUCUAACUAUCUGAUCUGGAAGCAACAGGUUAUAAAAGCCAUACGAGGAUAUGGAGUGGAGGGCUACAUCAAUGGUGAAACCAAGAAACCAGAGAAGCUGAUCUCAGAUUCUAAAAAUGGUGAGUCCCAAAUUAACCCAGACUAUCUUUAUUGGGUUAGGCAAGAUCAGCUCUUAGCUUCCUGGUUGAUGUCCUCUCUAAGUGAGGGAAUUCUAGUCAUGAUGGUUGGUCUUAAUACUGCUCAAGAGAUUUGGGAAACCAUUGAAAGUAAUUUUGCUAGUCAGUCAUCUGCAAGAAUAAUGCAAUAUAAACUCAAACUUCAAACUCUAAAAAAGGCUGGGUUAACCAUGAGGGAAUUUCUCAAUAGGAUCAAGAACCAUUGUGAUGUUCUGGCCAUAGCAGGUGAGAAAGUUUCAGAACAAAACCAAAUCCUUCACAUUCUUACUGGCUUGGGUUCUGAAUAUGACUCAGUAGUGGUUAAUGUGACCUCAAGAUUUCCUCCUCACACACUUGCUGAAGUUCAUGCAUUGUUGCUUACUUAUGAGUCAAGGUUAGAAAUGAACCAAGGAUCUGUUGUCAACUCAGAAGGGUCUCAACCAUAUGCCAAUGUUGUCACCCAAAAUUCUCAAAGGACCUUCAACCAAGGCUUCAAUCAGUUUAAAGGGAACAGAAAUGCACAUCAAGGUGGUAGUAGAGGAAGAGGUUCUUAUAGAGGCAGAGGUAGAGGAAGGAACCAAGGCAAUAGACCUCAAUGCCAAAUCUGUCAUGGUUUAAACCACACUGCAGACAAAUGUUGGUAUAGGUAUGAUGCUCAACCUAACCAACAAGCUACUGGGCAAGGACAACAAACACCAAGAAGGAAUCCCACUCUUAACAUGGUGCACAUGCCUGGUGGAAACACUUACUCUGAUAUAGGGUCUGAGACCAACUUGUAUCCAGAUUCAAGAGCCUCAAAUCAUGUUACAAAUGAACUUGAGAACCUCAACAUAGCUUCAGAAUACAAUGGAGGAAGCAAACUGCUCAUGGGAAAUGGAGAAGGUGCAGCUAUCAGCCACUUUGGUAACUCUCUUAUCCAACAUCCUGGUCACUCAAAUGUGUUUAUUCUAAGAAAUCUUUUGCAUGUUCCCAUGAUAAGCAGAAACCUCCUUAGUGUAUCACAAUUUGCAAAAGAUAAUAAAGUUCUAGAGCUGUGGCACCAAAGGCUGGGACAUGCCAAUUAUGACAAUGUUAAAAGGGCUUUAAGGUUAUGUAACCUAAACUAUGAGUCAGAUGGUGAAAAUAAUAUUUGUGGAUCAUGCAUUAUGGCUAAAAGCCACUGUUUACCCUUUGAUCAUUCUCAACACAAAAGUUUUUAUCCACUUGAGUUCAUUCACAGUGAUGUAUGGGGCCCUUGUCAUGUGAAAUCUUUGAAUGGUUAUGCUUAUUAUGUUAGCUUUAUAGAUGAUUAUUCGAGGUUCAUCUGGAUUUAUUUGUUGAAAGCAAAGUCAGAUGUGCACAGUGCUUUUGUGAACUUUAAGGCUCUAGUUGAAAAUCAAUUAGGGAAAAAAAUCAAAUCUUUUCAGAGUGAUGGAGGAGGAGAGUAUCAAGCAUUAUCCAAGUUGUUUCAGGAAAAUGGCAUUAUGCACAGAGUUUCUUGUGCUUAUACACCUCAGCAAAAUGGUUUGGCUGAGAGGAAACACAGAGAUAUAGUUAACAUGGGGUUGUCACUUCUUGCUCAGUCACACUUGCCUUUAUGCUAUUGGGGAGAUGCUUUCAUCACAUCAACAUAUCUGCUCAAUAGAAUUCCCACCAGACCUUUGAACUUCAAAAUACCACUUGAUAUCCUUUAUGGUGUGAAGCCAGAUUACAAGAGACUUAAAGUGUUUGGGUGCUUAUGUUAUCCACACCUUAGACCCUACAACAAGCACAAAAUGGACUACAGGUCAUGUGCAGGAGUCUUUCUGGGCUACAGCAACCAAUACAAGGGAUAUAAAGUCUUGCUGCCAAAUAGAAGAGUAAUCAUUACAAGAGAUGUAGUCUUUGAUGAGAAGAGGUUCCCUUAUGCAGAAAAAAAAGCCACAGACAAUGUUGGGGCUAACCUUGAAAGGAU